GGAAGCGGUGGCGGCGGGGCAGCCAUGUCGCUUUUGUCUGCAGCGCGGGCGGCCCUGCGCGUGUACGCGGCGGGCGCGGCAGUGAUCGUGGCGCAGCUGCUGAGACGCUGCCUCGGGGGCUUCGUGGAGCCAGCAGGUGGUCACGAAUGAGUGGCACGCUGCCGGCCGGCCCCGGUGCAGACACCGCGAUGGAGGCCAAAGGCCUGGACGGCUCCCCGACGGACCUCAAGUUGGUGGCCCACCCCCGUGCCAAGAGCAAAGUGUGGAAGUAUUUCGGCUUCGACACCAACGCCGAGGGUUGCAUCCUGCAGUGGAAGAAAAUCUACUGCCGUAUUUGCAUGGCUCAGAUCGCCUACUCCGGGAACACGUCCAACCUCUCCUACCACCUGGAGAAGAACCACCCCGACGAGUUCUGUGAGUUCAUCAAAAGCAACACGGAGCAGAUGCGGGAGGCUUUCGCCUCCGCCUUCUCCAAGCUGAAGCCUGAGGCCGCGCAGCCCGCCGCCCAGGACCCGCUGGCCGCCAAGGCCACCCACAGCCACGACAGCAAGAGGCAGCAGGAGCUGACGGCCGCCGUCCUCGGCCUCAUCUGCGACGGGCUGUACCCCGCGUCCAUCGUGGACGAGCCCACCUUCCGGGUCCUGCUGAAGACGGCCGAGCCCCGCUACGAGCUGCCCAGCAGGAAGUACCUGUGCACCAAGGCCAUCCCGGAGAAGUACGGGGCCGUCCGCGAGGCGGUGCUGAAGGAGCUGGCCGACGCGGCCUGGUGCGGCAUCUCCACCGACCUGUGGAGGAGCGAGAACCAGAACAGGACCUACGUCACGCUGGCCGCCCACUUCCUGGGCGGCGGGCCCCCCGGCUCCCUCACCGUGACCUCGCGGUGCCUGAAGACGUUCGAGGUGCCCGAAGAGAACGCGGCGGAGACCAUCACCCGAGUGCUGUACGAGGCCUUCAUCGAGUGGGGCGUGAACGCCAAGGUGUCGGGGGCCACGACGGACUGCGGCCGGGACAUCGUGAAGGCCUGUUCCCUGCUGGACAUCUCGGUGCACAUGCCGUGCUUGGGCCACUCGUUCAACGCCGGCAUCCGGCAGGCCUUCCAGCUGCCCAAGCUGGGCGGGCUCCUGGCACGCUGCCGCAAGCUGGUGGACUACUUCCAGCAGUCCGCGGUGGCCAUGUACAUGCUGUACGAGAAGCAGAAGCAGGAACACGUGGGCCACUGCAUGCUGGUCAGCGACCGCGUGUCCUGGUGGGGGAGCACACUGGCCAUGCUGCAGCGGCUCAAGGAGCAGCAGUUUGUCAUUGCCGGUGUGCUGGUGGAGGACAGCAACAACCACCACCUCAUGUUGGAGGCGGCCGAGUGGGCCACCGUGGACGGGCUGGUAGAGCUGCUGCAGCCCUUCAAGCAGGUGGCCGACAUGCUGUCGGCGUCGAGGCACCCCACCAUCAGCAUGGUAAAGCCCCUGCUCCACAUGCUUCUCAACAGCACGCUGAACAUCAAGGAGACGGACUCCAAGGAGAUCAGCAUGGCCAAAGAGGUGAUCGCCAAGGAGCUCGCCAAGACGUACCAGCAGGCGCCCGAGGUGGACAUGUUCCUCAACGUGGCCACCUUCCUGGACCCGCGCUACAAAAGGCUGCCCUUCCUGUCCGCCUUCGAGAGGCAGCAGGUGGAGAACCGCGUGGUGCAGGAGGCGAAGGGUCUCCUGGAUAAGAUCAAGGACGGCACCUACCGGCCGCCCGACGAGAAGCUCUACGCGCUGCCCGAGGAGCCCCCGGUGAAGAAGCUGGUGGUGGCGUCCACGCCGCCCGCGCCCGCCAGCGUCAUCAACGAGAUGCUGGCCGAGAUCUUCUGCCCCACGGGCGGCGUGGAAGACCAGGAGGAGUGGCAGGCCCAGGUGCUGGAGGAACUGAGCAACUUCAAGUCGCAGAAGGUCCUGGGUCUCCACGAGGACCCCCUCAAGUGGUGGUCCGACCGCCUGGCGCUGUUUCCCGUGCUGCCGCAGCUGCUGCGCAAGUACUGGUGCGUGGCGGCCACGCGCGUCUGUGCCGAGCGCCUCUUCGGCUCCUCCGCCAACGUGGUCAGCGCCAAGCGCAACCGCCUGGCCCCCGCGCACGUGGACGAGCAGGUCUUCCUGUACGAGAACGCGCGCAGCGGGGCGGAGGCCGAGCCCGAGGACGAGGACGAGGGCGAGUGGGGCCUGGACCACGAGCAGGUCUUUCCGCUGGGGGACGCCGUCCACGCCGGCUUGUUUGGCAUCCGAGACGGCGCCUUCCUGUAGCG